CUGAUAACCUCGGUGCUGCCAAUCCUUUGCGCCAGGAGCUAUUAUGGCAGCUACACAAAAGCUAUACCCCCGCGCGACCGUUAAACGCGUCGUCAAGGCGCACUCCAACCGCAGCGUGAGCAAGAAUGCCGAUAUUCUGAUCUUCCUCGAUUACAUGCUGUUCAUGCAAGAACUGAUGCGGGAAUCCUCAAUUCAAUCGCGCAAAGUGGGCGAAAAGAACAUCUCCCCAAACAGUGUUCGGAAGGUGACUGAGAGAACCCUUCGGAAGUUUAAAGGAUAAGCUUGUGCACCGUGUGCGGUUCGGCCUUCUUCUCCGGGCUCCUGGAGAGCAUGUAUGAUGUCGCGAUGGCCUUGUAGUGACGGGACUAUACUAUAACGAGAUGGCAUUGGACUUGGGGAAGGAAUAUCCGUAGGAGGUUGGCGUUUGCUCUGGGGUUUAUCUUCUUUUGCGCACCUUGCCUCCCCCACGGGACAAUGACUGAUGGGACUUGGUCAGACGAUGAUGGGAGGUGUGCGCG